AUGUGCGACAGAGGCACAGCGCCCGUUGAUGAACCAGGUGACAAGCAUGUGAAGUUGACCAAUGUAUUUAAGGAUAUCACAAACACUGUGGACUGUGACCAGCGAACCACCUAUUACACCUCAGGCCAGCAAAUUAGCAUUCUUAGAGGGUCUACGUCGGAUGUAACUAUGGGAACCGAUGAUUUUUUGCUUAAAAACUUCCCCAGAGAACAUGCCGCCCUGGAUCAUGAACACGAAAGUUCCACUCAAGUUUCCUCGGGCCCUGUGUCCAAUUCCCAAGCGGCGAAGAGCACUCCAUCCGCUCUGGCUAAAAGUGUUACUCAGGGUAGCACAAAGAAUCACGGCACUGGCACGAAGAUGCGAUUAGUCGUUGGUCCCAGUAACCAGCACGUUGUGGAACCUCAGGCGGUAGUUCCAUUCAGACUUGAACAGGAGUACAGGGGUAAUAUUGACAGAGCGAGGAUGGCGUCCAAUUCUUCGACGAUGAGAAAACCCACUGAAGCCGUCCGUGUGUGGGAUAUAGAAGUCCCUUGUUUCAUCGGAACCGAGCCAUUCAAGCUAACUGAGUAUGCCAAACUUGAACCAUCAUACGCUGAUUUUGAUCCUGGCGACUGCGUUUUGGUUGCUUUCACCAUCGGAGGGUAUCAAACUCCCAAAACUGACAGCACUCCUGCUCUGAAUAGGGCAUCAUUGAACAUUCAGUUUGCUAUUUUGUUAGCCUCUGCUAAUACUGAUGAUGCAGGUCCAGCCAUGGAGCGUUUCCCUGAAGAUCUGGGGGAUGAGACAGCUCUUGGAGUUGAUGACCCUACUCCCAUGAACGUUCCAGAUGGGGAAGGCAUCGACUGGGCUGAGUCUGACGUUGAAAUUCCUGAUGGUCCUGAAUUUUAA